GGCCCCCCAGCUGGAGAGGUCUCCAGGCACGUGGUGCUGGAACCCAGAUCCCCCGCAGGCCUGGGGACUGCCUUGUUCCCAGUCUGCGUCUUGGUGGUUUUGGUACUUUGCAGGGUUGAAAACCUCGUCUCUGUUUGGAGCUCCGGCCCCUAAACCCAAACAUAGAUCUCUCCACCUGGCGUUCUUGAGCUGCCGUAGGAUUCAGUGUAAGGAAGGGAAGGAAAGCUCUUUGCAAAAUCAUGCGAUGCUUUAAUUGUUUUCAGUGCAUUUCCUUGUGGCAAAGAACCUAAAAAUCAUUCCUCUUUAUGUAUGUGAAGCAAGCCCCAUGGUUGGAGGAAUUCUUCUGGAGACUCCUGCUGAGGGCUCAUCUUGACAGGCCUGUGUUAGACAGUGGCACCUGGAGAGCUCAUUAGUCUGAGUCAGCCUGUUGGCUUUAAGAGCAACAGGAUUUGAGUCAUAAUCGGUUGUCUCACUGGAACAUCAGCUUGGAAUCUCAAACACUGCAAGAAGUGAAAAUGAAUUACAAUGAGCUAACAGAAAUUCCCUAUUUUGGAGAACCAACAUCUAAUAUUACUCUUCUCUCAUUAGUUCAUAAUAUAAUCCCAGAAAUAAAUGCAGAGGCAUUGCAGUUUUACCCUGCUCUUGAGAGUUUAGAUCUUAGCUCAAAUAUAAUAUCAGAAAUCAAGACAUCUUCAUUUCCUCGAAUGCACCUUAAAUACCUAAAUUUGAGUAAUAAUAGGAUAACCACCUUGGAGGCUGGUUGCUUUGAUAAUUUAUCAAGUUCCUUAUUAGUGGUAAAGUUAAACCGGAACAGAAUUAGCAUGAUUCCACCCAAGAUCUUCAAGCUACCUCACCUUCAAUUCUUGGAACUUAAAAGAAACAGAAUUAAAGUUGUGGAAGGUCUGACAUUCCAAGGACUUGACUCCUUAAGAUCUUUGAAAAUGCAGCGGAAUGGAAUUAGCAAACUUAAGGAUGGUGCUUUUUUUGGCUUGGAUAACAUGGAAGAACUAGAGUUGGAGCAUAAUAACCUCACAGAAGUGAACAAGGGGUGGCUUUACGGCUUGCGAAUGUUACAACAACUCUAUGUGAGCCAGAAUGCUGUUGAAAGAAUCAGCCCUGAUGCAUGGGAGUUCUGUCAAAGGCUAUCGGAUCUUGAUUUAUCUUAUAACCAGUUGACCCGCCUGGAUGAAUCUGCCUUUGUGGGUUUGAGCUUACUGGAGAGAUUGAAUUUAGGGGACAACAGAAUAACUCACAUAGCUGAUGGUGUAUUUAGGUUUCUUUCCAAUCUUCAGAUACUAAAUUUAAGAAAUAAUGAAAUUUCAUGGGCCAUAGAAGAUGCUAAUGAAGCCUUUGCUGGACUCACCAGUCUCACUAAAUUAAUCUUACAAGGAAAUCAGAUUAAGUCAGUUACAAAGAAAGCAUUCUUUGGCCUUGAAUCCCUUGAGCAUCUAGAUUUGAACAACAAUGCCAUAAUGUCUAUCCAAGAAAAUGCUUUUUCUCAGACUCGCUUGAAAGAAUUGAUUUUGAACACAAGCAGUUUGCUUUGUGACUGCCACUUGAAGUGGUUGCUUCAGUGGCUGGUUGAUAAUAACUUUCAGCAUUCUGUGAAUGUAAGCUGUGCACACCCUGAGUGGCUAGCAAGGCAGAGCAUCCUAAAUGUGGAUCUGAAAGAUUUUGUCUGUGAUGAUUUUCUGAAGCCACAGAUAAGCAGGCACCCUGAAAACACGAUUGCUCUGCGAGGCAUGAACGUGACUCUGACGUGCACUGCAGUGAGCAGCAGUGAUUCACCCAUGUCUACUGUGUGGCGCAAAGACAGUGAAAUCUUGUAUGAUACUGAGAUUGAGAAUUUUGUUCGUUAUCAGCAGCAAGCUGGAGAAGCUCUGGAAUAUACUAGUGUCUUACAUCUUUUCAAUGUAAACUUCACAGAUGAAGGAAAAUAUCAGUGCAUUGCAACUAAUCACUUUGGUUCUAAUUAUUCCUGUAAAGCCAAACUGACUGUGAAUGAAAUGCCAUCUUUUCUGAAAACACCAAUGGAUCUAACUAUUCGCACUGGUGCCAUGGCCAGACUAGAAUGUGCUGCGGAGGGGCACCCUGCACCACAGAUUUCCUGGCAGAAAGAUGGUGGCACUGACUUUCCUGCUGCUCGAGAAAGACGCAUGCAUGUCAUGCCUGAGGACGAUGUCUUCUUCAUCGCAAAUGUGAAAAUAGAAGACAUGGGGAUCUACAGCUGCAUGGCCCAGAACACAGCAGGAGGCCUUUCAGCGAAUGCCUCUCUUACAGUCUUAGAAACACCUUCCUUUAUUAGACCCCUGGAGGACAAGACGGUGACCCGAGGGGAAACUGCAGUGUUACAGUGCAUAGCUGGAGGGAGUCCCGUCCCCCGCCUCAACUGGACCAAGGAUGAUGGGCCACUCCUGGUGACAGAACGACACUUCUUUGCUGCAGCCAACCAGCUCCUCAUCAUUGUAGAUGCUGGCCUAGAAGAUGCUGGGAAAUACACCUGCAUUAUGUCUAACACCCUUGGCACAGAACGUGGUCACAUUUACCUGAAUGUCAUUUCAUCCCCUAAUUGUGACUCUUCCCAGAGUAGCAUUGGGCAUGAAGAUGAUGGCUGGACCACGGUUGGCAUUGUCAUCAUUGUUGUGGUCUGCUGUGUUGUGGGCACCUCCUUGAUCUGGGUCAUUGUUAUUUACCAUAUGAGAAGGAAAAAUGAAGACUAUAGUAUCACAAACACAGAGGAACUUAAUCUGCCUGCAGACAUUCCCAGCUACUUGUCUUCCCAAGGAACUCUGUCCGAGCCCCAGGAAGGCUACAGCAACUCUGAAGCAGGCAGCCAUCAGCAACUUAUGCCUCCUGCCAACGGAUAUUUACACAAAGGUGCUGACGGUGGCACUGGUACCCGGGUUAUCUGCUCUGAUUGUUAUGACAAUGCUAACAUCUACUCCAGGACCCGAGAAUACUGUCCGUAUACCUAUAUUGCCGAGGAGGAUGUUCUAGAUCAGACAUUGUCCAGCCUCAUGGUUCAGAUGCCUAAAGAGACAUAUUUGGCACAUCCUCCCCAAGAUGUCUCUACCAUGGAGAAUUUGGUUUCCUCAGCAGAUAGAGAGGCGACUGCCUUUCCCACCAACCACGAGAGGAUAAGUGAGAAGAAACUCUCUUCCACACAGAUGAGCAGCGAAACAUUGCAGCGACCUCUGUGGAGCAUAGGCAAAGAACUCGGUCUGCCUCAUCCCUCCUUCUCCCAGCAGCCAGUCCUGGAGUCGCCACAGCUCCAUCCACAUAAGGGCCUGGCAGAGAGUGACCCAGACUGUGCCGCCUCCCCAGUGCCCUGUCAGAGGUUACACGACCACACAUUUGAUUUUAGUAGGACUCGGAAUGUUCAAGAUGGUAGCAAGGGCACAUGAAACUCACUCCUGGAUGAAAUCUGGGCAAAGACUCUAAUUAAUUAAUGUAUUUACUACCUCAGAGUUCAGAAGAAACCCAGAGUCAGCAUUUGCUUUACUCUUUGUGAGAUCUGACCACAACAAGGUGGUGGGCCAGGCAUUUGUUUGGACUUUUGCCUGAUGAAGAAAGGGUAAUAGCUGACAAAAAUGGGUGCACCUACUAAAAAUGUGCAGCACUUCAGAGGAGGAUCCAGUGCAGAUCUGCCUCCUGAUGCAGCCCCAGGGGUGUCGCCAGGUGUGUGGUGUCCAUGAGGAAGGAUCAUUGCUGCUUAGCAUGCUGGUUGUCUCAGCCCUCAGAGUAAUCCUGAGAAACAUCACUGUUCAAUUUUGCCUUUCAAGAAACAAAAAUAACCCUCUGGGAAGUGUGCCUGGAAUCUUCAGUGGCUUUAAAAUAUAAUUGAGACCGGGGCUUUGAUAUUCAAGGUCUUUGACAAGGAUUCCAGGCUUGACCAACUGUUAACAGGUCAAGGGGGUUUGUAUUCUUGUAUUUUUUUUUUUUUAAUGGUCCUUAUCACCUAGGGAUCUUACUGUAAAUAGAUGUGCAUUUAUAAAUAUUUUUUUUUGUACUCAUCACUCCCAUAUGUGUUCGACUGCAAUGUAAAUAUUUUUGAUAUGCCAAAAUUAUAUAUAAUAUUCACUUAAACAAUAUUGACAGCGACUUCUCAGAUCACAGACAGAUUUUGUAUGACUUGUUUUGGUGAGCUCUAAAGGGUUGGUUUAAAGUUUUAAAAAAAUGUAUUUGUUAAGAAGUACAUGUUUAGAGGCAGGGUACCUAGUUAAUGCAUACACACACACACAAUCUUGGGGUAACUUUUUUCACACCUGAAGGUUCGUACAUCUGUUCAUUAGCCAUCUGUUUAUAAGUGCCGUGUGUUACCACCUUUUAAGCAUAAAAAUUCUCUUUCCAAAGACUAGCAGUCUUGUCAUAGGCCAUAUGCACACAGAUGGAGGAAACUUGUUUUGGGAAUGUCUUUCAGCAAGUACUUAGUUGACAAGGAAACCAAAGACUGUUUCUUUUCUGUGUAUUUUUAAAAUAUUUUUUUCUUCUACCAAUGCACUGUAUAUCUUAAGAGAGGAAUGCUUUUGGGAGUAGGACGUACAGAAAUACUAUAAAGCUUUGGAGUAAUCUUAUUUUGUACAGGUGACUAUUUAAACCAAAAAGUUUUCUUGAAUUUCUGAUAGCAAAUAGCUUUAUAUAAACAAGGACUUAACUCUAAUGGAAUGUAAUGGACUAAAGUUCUUGUACUGUCAGAUUUCCCUACAUAGACUCUCAGAAACUGUCUUCUAAAUCUAGUAAGUCUAGCUACUUACUUAAUAACUUAAAUUACUUAAAAAUAUCUAAGUCGUGCAUUCCAGGGUUCUAAACUCACAGAAUUUCUCAGCUUUUUGCCAGAAUUAGCUGAAUUUUAUACUAGUUUUCAAUCUCUCCCAUAGGCGACAGCACUUCCUUAGCUGGUUUUACCACCAUGCUUGUCUCUUUCCUUUUUCAACUGGUAGCUGCUGUUCAUUUUUGCUUUGAACUUCUUAAAUAUCACUCUUUCCCCUAUCUGUUUAUGUUCCUUCUUGUUACUUACUGGGUUAUAGUAGAACUUAUCUGGACUGAUUUGGAAACGAAAGUUCUGUUAAAUUCCUGACUCUGCUACUUACUUGUAUAAUCAAGGGCAAGUCCCUUAACUUCUCACCCUCAUUUUCUCAUUUGUAAAACGAGGGCCUCUUACUAGAUGCUCUGAAGCCCUUUCUGCUUGUAACAUUCUAUGAAUCUGUGAUCCCUCCCCGGAAUCGAGGAGGCUUAUACUACUCUGAUAAAAAGCUGCUUUCAGGAAAUGUUUGUUAUAGAACAAGAGUGAUGCUGCUUGCUCUCAUUUGAGCCAGAUUAAUUUCCUCAUGGCAUGACAAGAGGAGAAAUACUCUGCUUCUAAACAGUACAGUGUAUAUGAAGAAUCUUGGCUAAGUUGGACACCAUCCCUUGCUCUCUAGAACAGCAGGUGCGAAUGCUAGUGUUACAGCCCACCAGGGUGGCAGAAUUGGUUGAGAGGUGCCACAGCUAAUUAGUAAUUAGUUUGUGACUCACUAAACCUUUCUAAUGUAUUCAAGGUUAUUGCUAUAGUUAUAGUACCAUCACUCAAGUUUUGAUAGGUGGGGUUAGAGCCAGGCUACAAGUGAGCAUUAGCUGGCCCAUGUGAGCGGACAGAAAACAGGCUGCAAACCAGUGCUCUAGAAAACUUCAAUGCUGAGUGUUGCUUCUCUGCUUAGUAGUAGUCCACCUGCUGGUGGUGUUGAGACUGGUCUCCAGAAUGACCAGGUUCUCCACUAUGUCAAUUCAAAUGGUUGAGAUGUCCUCCCAGAUAUUUACUACCUUGCAUAAAAAAACUAAAAUACCUGUAAGGAAGUUGUUUAAAUGUGAAUAGCCUACCCUGGAAAUAAUCUAAUCUUCAGAGAAGUAAUUCCUGAAACAUUUCAUUAUUACAUAGGUUUUUGACCAAGUAACAAUUUAACCCUUUACUAUAAGCAGGAUUAGUGGGUCACCAGUAUUUCUGCCCAGCAAUGUGUCAUGUCUGCCUGCCAGUCUAAGUAAGCAUGUUUGCAAAGCAAGGCAAACUAAAAUGCUGAGAGUAAUAAUCUCUGCUCUGCUUCAUCCCAGUUACCUCCCUGUAUCUGUGGGGAUUUACGUAGUCUCUUAAUUUGUUUGUGUCCUUCUUAGACUAUAUCUUCAAGUCUUAACUGUCAGGAGAAACAGCAUUUUCCUUGAACUCCAGACCUUACUGGCACAAUUUACAAAAAAGCCACUGGCUUUCUUUCACUCAAUGGCAUCUAAAGUACUUUCCCUGGUAUGCAGGUUACUCCAGAGAACAGAAAAGAUCGAAACCAGCCCAGUGUAAGUUGCCUCCAGUAUUCCACCUCAAAACUGUGUUAAGGUAACUUUCAUGUUAAAAAGGUGCCUUCCUAUUACCAACUAAGGAGUGGUCAGUCCAUUUUCCUAAAAAGGGAGCUAUAAUAAAAGUUUUUAAUCACAGGGUUGUCAUGAGAUAAGGAUUAGAGUCCCUUGUUUUAUUCCAGAGGACAGGAGAUAUCAGUGGGACAGAAGUCAAAGGAAGGAUACAGUGCACACCUGGUAAGAAUUCCAUUUAUGAGAUGAGCUAACUGUAAUUAGGUUUGUCUGACAAUUGUAUUAUUCAACCUUUCUUGGGAAAAGUACACGCACAAGCUAAAUAACAUUUUUUAAUAGCACUGAAGAAAUUUCUGCAUUGAGCUGUAAUGUGGGCAAGAUGACUUUUAUGGUCUCUUUCAGUUUUAUCUUUGGAAAUUUCUAGAAGCAACUCGAUAGUCUUAAACCUUGUCCUUCAGAACCCUUUAUACUCAAUAGUGUGGAGAUUGAAACUUUUCUUAAGCUAAAGAAUUUGAGCUUUAAUUGACAAAAGGGGCCUGACCUAUGUCAGUGACUAAAACAUGAAACUGAAAUCAUUCUUUUGAGGAAAUCUGUACCUAGCUAGUGACACAAAUGUCACUACUAUAGUUCUAAAAAGUAAUACAGUACUACCUUUUAUUCUUUUCAUUUAUCAGUGGGAUUCCAUUUGGCAUGAUAAUGGAAUUGUGUAGCUUUACACCCAAUAUUUUUUACCCUUUUUAAUUGUUUUUAAUGUCCACAGAAAUGCCAGAAGGGUAGUGGAGCAAAUAGAGGAAAAUUCACUGUCAUUUUAUACUGCAUCCUCCAUUUCUUGUUUUGCUUCUUGAUGCAGAAUACAGAGGUAAUUGUGAAAUAGUUGGACCGUAUAAGGUUGAGUUAAAAUUUUUUGGCAACUUGCAUGUAGUGUUUUAUUUUUCUAUUACUUGGUCUCUUUCCCAGUGCAGUUUGGCAGAUGCUUUUUCCUCCUGCUUCUUAAAACUUAAAACUUUUUGUUUGGAGUACAAUCUAAAUCAACAACAGGCUUUUAAUUUUCCUUCUUGCUUUUUUGGACAACUGCCUAAUUUGUUGACAAAAAUAAAUUCUGAAUUAAAAGAUAUAUUAUAAGCUGCUCUUAACAAAACCACACCUGGAAGCCCCUGAACCACCCGAAGUCUUUGUGGAUAGGAAGAGAGGGUGUGUGUGUGGGGGGGGGGGCUAUUUGAACCCACUCUCUCAAGGUUGUUGGUGAAGGGUUUCUUAGCAGUUCUAAUAAAGUCACCCCAAGGGGUGGGGUGAAAAGGGGUAGAAAUAGCUUGAUUUGAGCCUGUUGUCAGAUUUAAGGCAUAAAGUGAUCUUUUAUCAACUGUAACUGUUUUGAAAAAGAAAUUGAUCACCAGGUGGUCAAGUGUUCUUGGAAUAUCCCUUGACUACUUCAAGUGAUCUUGAUCUGUAGAGAGUAUUCCAUCCUUUCCUCCUUUAUUCCCCCGUCAGAGGAGAAUUCUGAGCAGCCCCGGUACUAGAUGUAACCAAAGAGAGUUCUAAGCCAAGUUGUUGUUCAGUGUGGCCCUUUCCUAGUAUCUAUUUAUAUUUUCUCACACAUGAGAAGAAUGUAUAUUUUAUAAAGCAUGUGUUUGUCUAUUUGUUUGUCUACUGUAAAAUGUCUUCAAUAAAGCCAAAAUACAUUAUGAUUUUCUGGUUGUCUUUUG